AUGGCUUCUGCAAUAUGCUAUCUUGUACCCAUAGUUUUUUCUGUCGUCCUGCUUUCAUGUGAAGCCCAAGAAAAAAUAUACCCAUUUGAAUAUAUAUACCAGUUGGGAGAUUCAUUGUCUGAUACAGGGAACCUUAUUCGUGAAGGCACCACCGAAGAAACAAUGGCCGCUGCCCACCUGCCCUACGGCGAAAGCUUUCACGGCGAACCCACUGGUCGCUGGUCUAAUGGCCUUCUCAUCAUAGAUUUCAUUGUUGAGAAGAGUACCCUCAUGAUCCCUAGUCUAGUUGUAAAAGUGACCAGUUGUCAAUCAGUAUCCUUUGGAGUUGAGGAUACGUGGUACAUGAUGAAGACUCCGAGGUGCCUUAACGCUGAUAUAAUGUGUCAGGUGGAGAGUACUCCGCAAACAAUAUGUCGCAGACUCCAAGGACAACAUGUCUUGGACUCUGAGGUACCUUUAGUGGAGGGCUCCGAGGUGCCUAUAGUGGACUCUGAAGUACCCUUAGUGGAGGGCUCCGAGGAACCCUUAGUGGACUCUGAAGUACCCUUAGUGAACUCCGAGGUACCCUUAGUGCCGAGAUGA